CGUACUCUUUGGCUCUUUGCAGCAACCAGCGGAGCCCUUGGCCUUACCAAUAUUUAAGGAGUCCUAUAAAUUGGGUUGCACUAACGAGGGGCACCAUUUCCUAAACGGCUCGCUAGUAUCAUGGCAAGCAAUCAACACCAUCUAUAAUCCGGGCAUCCUUUGCAUUGUGUUUAGGUUAGGAAAAUUAAAAGACCAGCAGCUAUUGCUAGUAACUACUCCUAUAUAUAUACAUAACCGGCUGGCAGGCAGGCCCAUGCGAUUAACGCGGCGGCAGGGCAGGGCAGGCGCAGCCAUGGAGAAGGAAGAGCCGGCGGCGGCAGAGCUUGAGAUCCCCGGCGAGUGCCAGUACGCGGGGGAUCCCGUGGUGGUGCGGCCGAGCCAGCCGACGCCGCGCCACACCCUGCACCUCUCCAACCUCGACGACCAGCGGUUCCUCCGUUUCUCCAUCAAGUACCUCUACGUGUUCGCGUCCCACGCCGCCGUGUCCGCCGACGCGCUGCGGGCGGCGCUGGGAAGGGUGCUCGUCGACUACUACCCGCUCGCCGGCCGGCUCCGGCCCAGCGACGAGGAGGAAGGGAAGCUCGUCGUGGACUGCAAUGCCGAGGGGGCGCUCUUCGCCGAGGGACGCCUCCCGGGGCUCACCGCCGCCGACUUCCUCCGCGGCCGCGGCGGCGCCACGCCGCACAAGUCCUGGAGGAAGCUGCACUACAGGGUGGAGGCGCAGAGCUUCGUCGCCGUGCCACCUCUCGUCGUCCAGGUCACUUGGCUCGGCUGCGGCGGCAUGGUCCUCUGCACCGCCAUCAACCACUGCCUCUGCGACGGCAUCGGCACCGCGCAGUUCCUCCACGCCUGGGCGCGCGCCGUGCGCGGCGGCCAAGAUGCACCGGGCGCCGGCGCCGACGACGACGACGACGUUGCCCUGCCGUUCCACGACCGCCGCGCACUGCGCCCGCGCUGCCCGCCGCGCGUCGCGUUCACGCACCCGGAGUACAGCAGCAGCCGCGGCAUCAGCGGCGCCGUAGUCGGCAACGGCAACGGCAACGGGAACGCGAACGAGGCGGCGCCGAGCCUGCUGGCGCGCUUGCUGGGGCAGCCGCUGGCGCCCGUGUCGCUCACCUUCACGGCGGCGCACCUGCUCCGGCUCAAGCGGCAGUGCGCGCCGUCGCUCAAGUGCACCUCCUUCGAGGCGCUGGCCGCGCACGUGUGGCGCGCGUGGGUGCGCGCCCUGGACCCGCCGGGCGCGCUCCGCGUGAAGCUGCUCUUCUCCGUGAACGUGCGGCGGCGCCUGAAGCCCGAGCUGCCCCGGGGCUACUACGGCAACGGCUUCGUGCUCGGGUGCGCCGAGUCCACGGCGGCGCAGCUGGUGACCGCUGCCCCGUCCUCGGCCGCGGCCGCGCGCUACGGAGUGCGGCUGGUGCAGGACGCCAAGGAGUGCGUGGACGACGACUACGUGCGCUCCAUGGUGGACCUCCUGGAGGAGCGGCGCGGCGCCCGGCCGGACCUGGCGGCGAGCCUGGUCAUCUCGGCGUGGACGCGCCUGGGGCUGGAGGACCUCGACUUUGGCGCCGGCAAGGCCGCGCACAUGGGCCCGCUCACCAGCGAGAUCUACUGCGUCUUCCUCCCUGUAAUGGGCGACCCGCAAGGCGUCACCGUGCUCCUCUCCGUCCCGCAGGCCGCCGCCGACAAGUUCCAGCACUGCUGCCUCGAAUUCCUCAAGGACACCGACGUGGACGCAAAGCUCAGCUGAUCGAGCUAUAUCAUCCGGCUGCUAGCUCGAUCACCAUGCAUUCUGCAUGGUACUUAUAUAUCAGAAAAUGAGUCAUGAAUACUAAUUACUCCGGCCAAUCGAGUUGAAAGAAUGAUCAUCCGCCUAUGAUCAUAAUCAUGCUUGUAUGCACUCCGAUCCGUAGCAAUAUCAAUCAAUGGGUGAUGAGCUCCUUUUUGUGUUAUCAUCAAUUAGCUGCUCAUUGCACAUAUUUUUGUCUGUCUCUCUAA